AUGUCCGCCGCCCCCGAAACCCUUGCAGCCUCAACCUCAGCCGCAACCGCAACCGCAACCACGUCACCGCCAGCCAAGCGCGUCAAGACCGACCUCUCCGCCAUGGACCGCCCCCCGCCACUGCAAGUCAAGAAGCUCUCCGACAAGGCUCGCCUGCCCACCCGCGGCAGUGCCUUCGCCGCCGGCUACGACAUAUACGCCGCCAAGGACACCGUCGUCCCUGCGCGCGGCAAGGUCCUCGUCGAUACAGACAUCAGCAUCGCAGUGCCCGCGGGGACUUGUGAGCCCGUCCCCUCCUCCCUCCCUCCCUCCCUCCCUCUCCUCCACGCACCAUUCCACACAGGAGGGACUAAUCAUUGCCGGGGCUCGUCAAAAGACGGCCGCAUCGCCCCCCGCUCGGGCCUAGCAGCCAAGCACUUCAUCGACACGGGCGCCGGUGUCAUCGACGCCGACUACAGGGGCCAGGUCAAGGUGCUGCUGUUCAACCACUCCGACGCCGAAUUUGCCGUCCAGGAGGGCGACCGCGUUGCCCAGCUGGUCAUUGAGCGCAUCUGCACCCCCGAGGUUGUCGAGGUUGAGGAGCUGGAGGAGAGUCUUCGUGGAGCCGGUGGUUUCGGGAGCACCGGUGGGUUUGCCAAUGGCGCCGCCGCUUGA